AUGGAAUCUGUUAGAACAAACAAAGGUGGUGUCUUUUUUGUUUACGGAUAUGGUGGCACCGGUAAGACCUUUCUUUGGAAGACAUUGUCGGCAGCAAUUCGAAGUAAGUCUGAAAUUGUUUUAAAUGUUGCUUCAAGCGGUAUAGCUUCUUUGCUACUUUCUGGAGGUCGAACAGCCCAUUCUCGAUUUUCCAUCCCUCUGAAUCUAAAUGAGGAUUCUCUUUGCCGCAUGAAGCCUGGAUCUGAACUUGCGUGUCUUUUAAAAAAAACACAACUUAUUAUAUGGGAUGAGGCUCCUAUGAUUCAUAAACAUGCCUUUGAAGCAUUGGAUAGAACCUUAAAAGAUAUAUUGAUGCCUGAUUGUUCAAAUAGCGAAGCUUUACCAUUUGGAGGAAAGGUAAUUGUAUUUGGUGGUGACUUUAGACAGAUUCUUCCUGUUGUUCCUAAUGGCUCUAGACAGGAUAUCGUGAAUGCUUCCCUGAGUUCGUCAUAUAUAUGGAAUAAAUGCAAGUUACUAAGGCUAACAAAAAACAUGAGGCUUACUGUUGGCAUGAAUCAUGGUGAUAUUGACAAGACAAAAGAGUUUGCUAAAUGGCUUUUGGAUAUUGGCGAGGGAAAACUUGGUGGUCGCAACGACGGAGAAGCUCUUAUUGAUAUACCUCAAGAACUGUUGAUUACUGAGUCCACUAACCCUAUUGGUAAUCUGAUCAACUUUGUGUAUCCGUCGAUACUUGAAUCGUUCAAUGAUCCAAAUUAUUUUCAGGAAAGAGCCAUACUUGCUCCUAAGAACGACGUUGUUCACGAGAUAAAUGAUACCUUAUUAGCAAUGUUUCCUGGUGAUCAUAAAGAGUAUCUAAGUUCAGAUUCCAUCUGCCAAUCUGAGAAUGUAACUGACCAUAUUCGACACAAUGUUUACCCCCCCGAUGUUCUAAAUGGUCUUAAGGUUUCAGGAAUGCCGAAUCAUAAAUUGGUUUUAAAAGUUGGUGUUCCUAUCAUGCUGUUACGUAACCUUGAUCAGAAAAACGGUCUGUGCAAUGGUACAAGAUUACAAGUCGUAAAACUUGGUGAUCGGAUUAUUGAAGCCAAAGUGAUUUCUGGUAAUAAUAUUGGUACUAGAACUUUUAUACCAAGGAUCAAUCUUUCCCCCUCUGACAAACGAAUACCUUUCAAGCUUCAAAGAAGGCAAUUCCCGAUAGCUGUGUGUUUUGCAAUGACGAUAAAUAAAAGUCAGGGACAGUCGUUAUCUAAGGUUGGUUUGUUUCUAAAGCAGCCUGUUUUCACUCACGGACAACUAUAUGUUGCAGUUUCAAGAGUCAAAAGCAUGGAUGGUUUAAGGAUGUUAAUAUUAGAUGUUGAGGGAAACGUUACUAAUAAGACUACAAAUGUUGUAUACAAAGAGAUAUUCUCAAAUUUAUAG